CGCGAAAAACUCAGCGUUGCGUGUCUGCUCUUCAAUCGGUGUAGACCGCACGAUCAACAGGCCAUGAUGUCUUCGAAAAGCAAACUUGUCGACUUGUUGUUCGAUUCGACUUGUUUCUUUCUGAUUUUCAUCCUUUUCAUCGUGGUUCGCAUUCUAAUAUUUGGAACUAAUGAAGGAUUGUACCCAACAAAGCAUGCAUUUCUUUGUGAAGAUACGAACAUAAAUUGGCCUUACCAAGAAGAGAGUGUGGGAGUUGCAGUCAUCACUUUUCUUUCGUAUAUUAUCCCAAUAGUUGUGGUAAGUAAUUAUCUUUUAUCAUGUCAUAUGUUCCUUGCUUACUACUAACCAAUACUUUCGUUUCGAGUCGUACUCCUCAGUUUGUAGAUGAAAGACUAGAGUGUGCCCAGUCAAAUGUAAAACUACUACGCCAUCAUCCUUAUCAAACGUUCUUUUAUAUCAUUUCAAAGCGAAAAAUGUAUGUCAAGGUUUUCCUUCAACUUUCUUGUUGCAUGCAGUUUAAAGUAAAAGUUCGGGCAGAUCAAGUUUUUAAACUUUUGAAAACUUCUUUGUUGAGUUUUCACCGUGGAGAUCAAUCUUCUAUUUUUACACUGCCGCAGCUGUCGUAAAACUCUAUCACAGUAACUUAAGUUCCAAGCUAACUCGAUAUCAUUAUCCACCGAUAACAACUUCCAAACCCUUCCAAAUGAUAGAAAAGUCUUUUCAUAAGCAGCUGUUAACGUUCAAGAACGCUCAGGAAUAACAAUAUAAUUACCCCACGAGGCAUGACUGUUGAAAAUAGCACUUUAUUAUUAUCUUUGAAAAACUGAGGGCGAGACCCUAAAGGCGUUGUUAUUUCUGAUAAUUAUAAUAUAUAAAUUGGUUGAAAAGUCAGCUUGAAUAGUGUUGCUCAAUCCUGAAUUAAAGUGGCAACAUAAGGUGGUAUUUGAUAACUAGGGAUGUCAAGUAAUUCAGUUAGUAUGAUUUAGAACAAAAGCUAAGUUAUCAUGCAAAUAAGUCGUCAGUUUAGAAUUCUUCAAGGAUUGUUAUGAGAUUCUCAAUUUAACUAAAAAAUAACACCACUUUUGUCUGUGUAAUCACAAGUUAUAGAUGAUUUUAGACUAGUAACGGCCUCCAUACGAUGAAAAAGUUCUCUCUCUUCAUUAUCUCUGGAAAGGAAGCUCUAAGCCUUAACUGUUUAUUCUUAUAAAAUUUCAAUGCAAAUUACUUUCUAGAAAAAAAAAGCCAGUCAACCAAAUCUACUGAAUAACUAAUCGAACUAAGCUAACAACUGGCAUUGCGACUGAAACAGAAAUUCUGUAGUUCAAAACAUAUUACUUGUCCAACGGCCAAUAAGCUAGGGCUGCUGUAGUUUGCAAAGUGUGUUUAACGCGUAAGAGCUCGGUGAUCAAACGUUUGGGGAGCAAAAUUUUUAAAUGGCAUAGUUGGUGAUCUUUCUAGUUGUUUACUAAUGCAGAAUAUAAUUAAUCAUUUUGGACAAUAAAAGAGGACAGAUUGAUUGCAAUGCUCCAAUUAACAGUUCUUCAAUUAACAGGCUGUAUAUAAACCCUAACCAAAUUGCGUUAAGUGAUGAAAGCCACAUCGGGUCACUUUCGUUGCCCGUUAGCUGCUCAGAAAUUGGAAGAAUACUAGACUUUUGUAAGAAAGUCAAGGCUGGGAAUUGAAUAAUUUAAGAACAACUUAAGAACACUGCUGGCUCAGCCAUUGUAAGAAAAGUUAAAGAAGUUACCAACAAAAACUAAAAAAUAAUGACGUGACAUGACAUUUAAUGUUUGGCUGGAAAUAUACUUUUGCUCCUUCAGCUCAUCGCCACCCCCGUGCCCCCUCUCCCCCCACCCACGUCCCCCCCCCAUAUGGGAACUAUAAGUUGGAGAAGCUGAAGGAGCAAUAGCCAGUUCCAGGCUCCGAUUUUAGUCGAGUCCGCGAAAUUGAGAAAGCACUAAUACGAAAAUAAAACGGGAGGAAAAUGGGGAGAGAAAGUCCUCUCUCUCUCUUCAUUCGUCCGCCACCGCACCUUUUUCCCAGAUCACGCCCUUCUUAUAUUUUCGCGCGCCAUACAACAUCUUUUCUCCUUCUGAAAGCUGACAAACAAAAGAAAUGACGCCCCCAGAAAAUUCACUUAAAAUGUUACCAUUCUGCGUGCUUUUGCAUUGAACAGAUCUUCAUUGUGGAGGUGUCUAACAACAUGGGAAAGUCAGAGAACGAUCAGGAAGAUGAAGAACCGGAAUCAUUUGGUUUUUUUUCUUUGAAACCCUGGGUUACCAAGUAAGAUGUUCAACUCUUUUUACUUACCACUCAUUACUCGAUCGAUGCAUAUGUGUGUGAUGAAAAUAACCGACUUCGUUUCAGGAUCGGGUGUAAUGCGAGUUAUUUUGACAGGUUUCAGGCCGUCUUUAAAAUAAAAAUGUAACAGUUUAAAGUGCCAAAGAUUAUAUUUACCUCACACAAAAGGAAAAAAUACACAAAAUAGGCCAGACACAUUCGUUAACCCAAGCAAUCAAUGCCAAGCGAGAAAACAAAAUCGGUUGAAACCACAGCACUUUUUUAGUAACGUAUACGAAAUGAUUUGAAAACAGAAAGAAGGAAGACUUAUUUCUCGUAAAGUGCAGUACUCAUUUUUUAAACAAUCCAUAUUGACUUGAACAUCGUUUUCAUUCCCUUUAUAUUCCCUUUUCUACCGCAGCAUGUUUUCAUUGAUCUUCGUGUUUGUUUUUGGCGGAUUUCUUUCCCAAAUUGUGACCGACCUUUCCAAGUUGACGGUAGGCCGUCUGAGACCCAGUUUUAUGGCUGCAUGCAAGGCUAAUCUAACUGGACCUGGAUGUCAAGGUUACGUUACAAGGGAUGUGUGCACCGGGGAUCUUUUUGAAAUAAAACUUGCCAGGUAUGAAAUAAUGUGAUUACUUUGGAGUAAAACUCGCGAACUCCCUUGCCAAGGACCCUGUUAUCAGAGGCCUCUUUUCCCUGGUAUCAAGUAGAGGUAAGUGUUAUCAGCUGAGCCAAAGGCCGAGGCUGAUAACACUUACCGAGCCCUAGAUUAUUUAGGAUAUCUCAAAACCGAAUCUAAUAAUUGUUUUAUAAGAAAAUAACGACAAACACACCGUCGCAAGGAACCUGAAUUGAUAGUAUUGGUAUACUAAAUCAUGCAUUGCACACUCAACCUACAGAUUAGUCAGUUAUCUGCUAGCAGAUCUAACUAAUCUGUAGGUUGCAUUGAUUUCUAGACUGCGAGUAGUCUCUCUUUUUCUUCAGGUUUAGUAUGGGGAGUGCACGCGCGCGCGAGCGGCGAAGCCGCAAGACGCGCGAAACGAGGGGGGCAUUAGUCACGCGCGUGGCCAUUUGCGUGUCUCGCAUUUUGCUCGACGGACCACAGAAAAAAGAGAGACUGCUCGUAGUCUAAUUGAUUUUCAAAAUUAGCUCUAGGAUCUUAUCCAAUGAGAGGACAGAUAAUGAGAACAAUGAGUAAUAACCUUAAUUAUUUCACCGCAGUAUGUCUUUUCCGUCUGGACACUCUUCUAUUUCCAUGUAUGGCAUGCUGUUCUUGGCGGUAAGUUAAUUAUGGCAACGUACGCUUGCCAGGUUCAUAUUUUCCACAGUGAACUGGUACUAGUUUGAAGACGAGGCAACUGAGUAGGGUUAUAAACAAGCCUCGACUACACGCUAUUGCCAGUUUAUUGCCGAGCCAACUAUGUUCAAACCAUAGUGAACAGGAGGGGAGAAAACUGACUGAACGCUUCUGCGAACAUCCCCAAGACAUAAAAACAGUUUCCAAAAAGGCAUCAAAACUAUUCCUUUAAGAUUUUUAAAGUUCUAUUCAGAUCAUUUCAACACAUGACAAUCUAUGGUCUCUCCCUAUAUUCACUUUUUUAGAAAACCAGAAUGAGUUGCAGAUGUCGAAAGGGGAUUGAGAGGAAGGGAGAACUAGGAGAGAGGAAUUUCCUUUCUCCUUCGCCAUUGAGCGUUUUUCUCCUCCUCCUCCUUUUUUGCGCCUGUUAAAAAACAUAAUCCUUCAAAUCGGCUGUUUGAAGGACUGUUUCCUUUCAACCUUUUUUAUUUAUCAUUUAUUUUUUUGUAUGUUCCUAAAAUGAUCCCUCGUUCUUCAUCUCUCUAGUUAUAUCUUCAAGCUGCUGUAAGGACAGAAACUAAAUUACUCAAGCCAUUGCUGCAGGUCGUUGCUGUCUCGCUGUCUCUGUUCGUUGGCUGGAGCCGAAUUGCUGAUAACAAACAUUUUUCAACCGAUGUUCUGGCUGGAUUUGUACUUGGAGCCAUUUUUGCAUGGUUUGUGGUGAGUCUGGCCCUGGCAUUUGCAGUAAUAAAACCUGCAACUACAACCUUAGCGCAGGCCACGUUGACUGAAAGUUUUACCCACUUGUCCAAGACCUUGACUGACUUUUCGGCUAGUGCACCAUGUACCAAGUGAAUAGCAAGUUUCGAGUUACGUCACAAAUGACACAACAAUGAUCCCCUAGCCCUUAGACAAUAACACAAUAAACUCCACACAAUGGAAUGACACAAUAGUGCAUAUAUCAGACUUGGGUAGUUUUGAGUUGUCUCUUCUUCGAAAGAAUCGAAAUGCCCAUGGACGUAUUUUGCCUGAAGGAAAACAACGAUAUAGAAGGUUCGACACUGUCAGGAAAGUGUAUUGAUCAUAUUCCAAAUUAUCUUUCGGUUUGCACAUUUUUAGACAACCCUCGAAAUAGCUGUAUAUCAGACAAUCGAGCAUCAGCCCUGUAUAGCUGCAAAGUAAAAAAGUCUGAUUCAGCCCCUGCUGGAGCCAUUAAAGCACAAUCUAGGCCAAAAGAGCUCAGUCAAAAGGCUAUUUCAGUCCAUGCUGGGGUCCCUUUUAGCCCUUGGGUCCAAAUCAGCCUUAGCUAAUUGGACUGUGUUGGCCCUGAUUCAAGGGAGUUGAAUAUUAAGAAUAAGAAAUAGAACUGUAUUUUACUCAGCUAAACGGCCCCAUUUUUAGGGCUUUCUAAUGUUCUGAUUCUUUCUGAUCUUUCUGAUUUACUGUGUAUAUUUCUCAUCUGAUGCUUUUAAAAGACUCGUUCCUCUGAAAACUGCUCUUUUUUCUAGAUAGAGAGAAAGUCAGAGAGAGAUACCCUGCGAAGCAGAAGUUUCUCUCUUGCAUGGGUUUUUGCUUUUACGAAGUCGUUCGGGUCGCUUGUCAGUCGCGUAGUCAGUUUGACCCAGCGAAAAAAUAAGGCCAUAACAAGCGGCAUUUUAUUUUUAAUUGCAGGCGUUCAAGAUCCUGAAGCUUUUUGCUAUUCGAAUCCGCAAGCCAAAAGUAUACACACUCUUGCCGCAACAACAGCGAACAUCUGUCGCAGAUGAAUGAAACUGCUUGUUAGAUCUGCCGACUUGUUUAUCACUUUUGACUAUACUGAGCUGUAAAUUCAUACUGUAACAAUCUAUAGACACUGUAUAGUUGUCAGUCAUACAGUGGCAGUAUUUUCUCAGUAUCCAAUUGGGAUCUGUAUUCUUUACACUUAUUCCCCCGGUGGUUGUAGUGCGACUGCUGCUGGUGUGGGGUGAUUCAACUCACUUAUACAAUUUUGAUUUCCAAAUAGAUUACGGAUAUUUUAGGGUAUUGACUUAG